AGCAGAGAAGGAGCAGUGGAACAGUGGUGGAUGAGCAGUGUUGGAGCAGCAGUGGAGCAGUGGUGGAGGAGCAGAGCAAGUGUGCUGAAACAGCACAAGACAGCUUUUGAGCAGCAGUGGAGUGAGCAUGGAAAAGGUGGAACAGUGGUGGAACAGGAACUACAGCCAUGGAAUAGAGGUGGCACAGGCCUCACAGCUGUGGAGCUGUGGGACACAGAGCGGCUCCGAGCGCUGCAGGAGCCGGCCCCACACAACAGAGCGAUCCCUUCAGACUGACCCAGUGCGGGGGGCAGAGGCAGGAAUUGCUGCUGGGCUGUGGAAGGUGUGGAUCGAGUGCAUUGAAGGAUGACCUGGGGGUUUGAUCCUGCUCAUUGUGGCUGCUUUUGUGCUGCCAGGAUGGUUCCAGUUUGUCUGAAGUCAUGAACUGAGAAGGAACUUGGGACAAAAUUUUUCAAACUGCCUUCUUUACUGCAGGGAAACACAUCUGGGGAGAAGUUUCAUGAUUUCUGAUUUGGGAACCAAAGUGGGUCAGUUAUUGGCCUGUGGUUUUGUUCUAAUCCAGGCACAAUUUCCAUAUUACUGCACUUUAGCGUAAGAAACGAGGAACGUGCCUCACCCUUGCGAUGUUGAUAAUGGGUGAAGAGCUUUUUGUGGUCCUAGUGCUAAAAAAGCAAUUGGAAUUCUUUUCCCUCCUUCCCCUUUUCUUCCUCUCUCUGGCAAUGAGCCUUCAACUCUUCCUGCAGGUCUGCUUCCCAUAAUCUGCUCUGGACUUGGAAUGUGCCAAAUGAACAGAGGGAAGACAGAGAUUAAUGGACCAUAAAAACUUCAAGCUUUCUCCUUGUAGCCUCUGAAGUUCAAGGAGUUGGAAACUUCUGCUUUUUCAACUGUUCACCACAUGCCACUCCUCUAACUUCUGCCCGGCCAUAAAACCUUCCUGUGGCCCUGUUUGGGAAUUGACACUCAUAUUUUUCAGGAGAACCACAGUGGGGGUCAAAGGUUUGGGUUCUGAAGCCUGUGGGAGCCUUGCCGGAGACACAGAGAAUCCCCGUGUCCCUAUUUGUUUUUUUUUUUUUUUCCCCGGGACUAUCCAGAUGUUUGUCCCAGGUUCCAAGAAGGAAAAAAGAAGUGGAUAAGUGGUUCCCAAGACAUGUCCAUAGCUGCAAUUCCUGUUUGACAUAAGUGAAAUUAGUGAAAGGCUCCUGCUUCUCUCUUUCCACAGGGACACUGUGGAUGCAUCCGGGAUCUCUGGUGACCCAGCUGGGGAAACAUUUCAGGCCACUGCCUUGACUGUUUGCUCUGGAACUUGCCCAAGGAGCCGCAGUGCCCAUGGGCAAAGAUUUUCCUCUGGAAUGUUGCUGCUUUGUGCUCCAUUGAUGAGAGAGCAGAGUGUCCCUGUGGGGAUUCUUGACUAGAUGGACAAGUGCUAUGAUGUCAUUGAUGUGCUGACAUCAUCUUGAAAAGGAAUUGUGCAAGACUCCGCAGUGUCCUAAUUGGGGAACUUUGGCUGAGGCUUUGGCUGAACUUUGGGCCAGGCUUCCUUGGAGAUCAGUGCCAGUCAGGGGGAUGGAACCGGAUGGCAAUGGACCCCGUGCUGACAGCCCCAGGAGAACGAGCUGGACAUUCACGGAGGCUCCCAGUGUGGGCAGAUUGGCCCCCCAGCUUUGGGGACCCCAUGGGAAUGUCCCUGCUUCCCUCUGGGCUCUGUCUCAGUUUUGCAGAAUCUGUUCCUAUGGCUGUGCAGCCUUUCAGGAAGGAUGUGUUUUCCCUCUUGUUUCCAGCCACUGUCCCAGUCACAGGGAGUCAGCUUCUUCCUGCUCCAAGGAAAGGUGCUGGUGGCACAGCCCAUGUGUCAACCCCGGUUCUGUCUGCAGCACUGGUGGCUUGGACAUGAGGAGGUUGCAUGGGGAACCUCCCUGUGGUUGAGGAAGCUCAGGUACAGAUCCUGGAAGGAAGCCCAAAGGCCCCAAAGCAUUUCUGCAGGAGAACUCCUGCUCCAGUGUCUGUGAGGCAGAGCAGAAGGGCUGCUCAGACUUGCCACACUGCUCUAGGCAAUUCUGCUUGGCAGGAACAAACCCCACAGAUCCCUUCCCUGAGCAGCAAGAGGCCCUAUGUCCAUCCCAGCAUCCAAAAGGGACAGUCAGGGCCCCUGGCACAGGUGGGAUCAGUGGGCUGGCACAGCAGCCACAAGGCAGCAUCAAGGAUGUGUCUCUGGUGGACACUGAUGCACUGUGCUUGGAAACCCCCAUUCCAAAGGGGCAGAAUCCAUCCAUCUUUCUGGAGGGAUGACAGGAUGCCACAGACUGUCUGUGCUGGAGACCUAGGAAGGUCUCACUGGGAAGGAGUGGCCAAAUCACCCUCGUGGGACCGGCACUGAGUCUCCAUUCAUCCUUGGCAGGGAUGUCCAGGACCCAUUCAGGAGCCCGUGGGCUUUUGUCAGUGAUGCCUUGAGGAUGGAGAAGGUUCAAGAGCUGUUUGUCUUGCCCGGGACCCCCCCAGGAUCCUUCCCUUGUGGGGUUGCUGGUGGGUCCAAGAACAGCAUGUGGCCAGUGGGGCCGGGACAGGGCAGAAAUGACAACAUCGCAUCCCCUGGGACUCCCCGGUUCCCUUCCAAGAGCUGAUCUGCACCCGGAGAGAAAAGCAUUGCUCAAGAAGUCUCACUCACCCUUGAAUACUCCCACCUGACCAGGGCAAAAACCUAAUGGAGAGUGGAAGAUGAUCCUGGGCCUUGAAAAGCAUCUGCUGAGGGCACAGCAGCACUGAAAGAACUGAAGCACAGAAGGGUGCUCAGGAGAGCAGAGUGAGAAAGAGAAAUGGGUGUCCAGAGCAGCAGAGCAACAGGCACUGGGAUGGGGCCGUGUGGGACAGCCUGUGCUGGCCGAUGCCAUGUGGCCUGGUGAGGCUGGAAGGCAUCCAGAGCACCUUGCUCUGCCAACCCUUGGCUCUGGCCAAGCUUCAAACCAAGUGCCUCCUUGUCAAAAAGAAAAAGAGCAGGGGCUGGAAGGAAAACUGAUCCCAAGAUGAGUCACCAGCCUGAUAAGGAUAACACCAGCUGGGAAACACCAACCGACAGAGGGAGGGGCAGCUGCAGGGCCAUUAUCUCAGAACCCUCAGUGCAUGGCUAUCAGCUGGGACAAUUCACACCUUCCCAGGGGUAUUCAAGCACUUACUAGAUGGCCAGGAGAUACAAUCAGCAAUCAGCCAAUCAGUGCAGGACUGCUUCUGAUGCCUUGAAUCAAGAAGCCAGAUAAGAACAGCAAGCCAAGAGAAGAGAAAAAUGGGGAGCCAGGAAAAAGGACCAGGAAGACCUUUUCAAAAGUGCUUGAAAAGAAGAGCACUUAAGAAAAGAAGAAAAGUUCCACCAUCUCUGAAACCACCCUUCAGCCCCUCCCAGGCUACUCCUCUCCUCAGUCUCCAUGCCACUGAGCCCAGAGCCCGCAGCCUCUGCCUGCUGGUUGUGUGAUGAGGCCUCCAAACCCCAUCUUGGGAGAUUUUUGGAUCCUCUCCAAGGUCUGUGAAAAUGGAAAAUUAGUGGUCCAAGGUAUUUUCUCCCAAAUCUUGCAGUGGCAGAACAAGGGUCAAUAUCUCUAAAUUACAUGAUGUAGCUGGGCGUGUGUAAUCAAUUCCCAUCUCUUAGAAGUGAUACAGUUAUCUUCUGUUAAUUGACCAGUUUUCUUUAUCUCUUCCACAACCAAUCUUUCCUGCAGGAAAUAUCUUCUCUUAAUGGGCCAUUGAAUGUCCCUGCAGGACUGAGAAAAAUGACAUCAUCCCAUUGUGAGAUGCUCCGCCCAGGGGGAGGGGCCAAGCAUUCCUGCCUGUUUAUAAUCUCGGACUUUGAACACCAUCGGCAUCUGUUUCCCACUGCAUUCUCAGUGGAGCAGCUUUCCUUCUCCACUGGAUUCGCAGAGAAAGAUUCCCAACAACACCACCACUGGACCUUCAGAGGAAAACUUCAGCUUUCUACAGGAUCAUUGCUUCAACACAAGCACACCUGUCAUACUGGAGGAGGACUGCAGCCCCCAUUUCAUGGGACUGCUGCCAGCAUCCUGACCCACAGGCUGCCAUGUCCUAUUCUGACUCACAGACACCUGUCUUUUCAGACCGUGACAAUGCCCCAGCACACCCAGGCAGGUGAGGAGGAAAUCACUGCCCCUUUCCCCCCCUCUCCUGCUCCAUCUCCCAGCCCAGCAUUGCCCCCGGCUGCAGGACGACCCCGCUGCCAGCGCCGACCUCCUGGGGAUGCACUGGGGGCAUCUCCUUCCCCUUCCCUCUGGCAUGGAGGCAAAUCCCAUCCUGUCCUUGUUCUUCCUCCCCCAGACAAGGAGCUGAAAAUGGAGACCAGGAAGGACAAAUCCCCGCAACAGAGCCUCAUGGAAGAGGCCGUUUUGAGUGGUUCCACAGUGCUGGAAUCCAAUGGGGAGGAAAAGCCCCAGAGAUCCCGCAGGAAGAGGGGCUCCAAACCCAGCCCAGAGUGCUCUGAAGAGAAAAGACCCAGUCUGUGCCAGGAAGGUGGACAGAGCUUCAGCCGGAGCUCGGAGCUGGUGGUAAAUGAGCAGUUUCAUGACAGGGAGAAGCCCUACAAGUGCUUGGAGUGUGGGAAGAGCUUCAGCCGGAGCUCCAAUCUGAUCCGCCACCAGAUGAUCCACACUGGGGAAUGGCCCUACAAGUGUGGGGAAUGUGGGAAGGGCUUCAGCUGCAGCUCUGAGCUGAUCCGCCACCAGAUGAUUCACACAGGGGAACGACCCUACAAGUGUCCUGAGUGUCAGAAGAGGUUUCGGAUCAGCUCCCAUCUCAUCCUGCACCAGCGGAUUCACACAGAUGAGAGGCCCUUCCGCUGCCCCGACUGCAGGAAGGGCUUCAAGCAAAACUCCCACCUCAUCAGCCAUCGGCGCAUCCACACCGGGGAGAAGCCCUAUGAGUGUCCGCAGUGUGGGAAGAGCUUCUCCAGGAACUCUCACUUGACUGAACACCAACGGACACACCAGUAAGGGAAGGCCUGCAACUGCCCUGACUGCAGGAAGAGCUUUGUGCACUGCUCCAGCUUCAUCCCCCAUUGGAGGACCCAUGUUGGGAAGAGCUCUGGUGACCCAUGUUCCCUGUGAUCCAUGCUGGGAAGAAACCUGUCUCUUUUCCUGCCCCUGGCAAUGACAUGAUGUGGGCUCAAAGAACAUGAGGGUCUGGCCGUGGUGCUGUCAUAACAUUCACUCCCACAUCAGGUCAUUGCCAGGGGCAGGAAAGGGACUCUCUCUCUCUCCUGAGGAGGAGGGUGUCCUUUCCAGGUAGGAGGGAAUAGGUGGCUUGGAAGAGACAGUGGGUGGUGGUGUAGUUUUCUUAUCUCUUCUGUGUUCAAUAUUGUUUCUGUUUCUAUUUGUUCCUUAUGAGG